AUGCAAUCAGUGGGCUUCGUCCUCCUUCUGGGAUUUCUCACCUUCUGCGCUGAGAUGACCCUCAUUGCUGGUCAGCCAGCCUUCUGCCACCUUCCUCCGGACCCCGGUCCUUGUCGGGGGAACAUGCCCCGUUAUUUCUACAAUCCGGUGUCCAAGAGCUGUGAGAAAUUCAUUUAUGGAGGCUGCCAUGGGAACAAAAACAAUUUCAAGACUUUGGAGAAGUGUCGCCUCACCUGCGCAG